CAUUAGUGUGAGUCUGUGAUUGUCCAAACAUAUGGCGGCGGUUCUCAAUUCUCAUAUAUAAGUACAGUAUAUAGCUAUACUCUAUAUUAUUGACUGUUAAUCGAAUAAAUAGAAAAUCACAGAAAACUGAUCGAUCAGAGAAUAACAUGGGCAAAGGGAAGUCAAAGAUCGAGAUGAAACUGAUCGAGUCACGGGAAGCUCGGAAUGUGUGUUUCUCCAAGAGGAGAACGGGGCUCUUCAAGAAGGCGUCCGAUCUGUGCCGCCUAUUCCCGGGAGUUAAAGUCGCGGCCGUCGUCUUCUCUCCAGCGGGAAAGCCGUAUGUGUAUGGCGACCCAACUGGGAUUUUGGAGUCGCAGCAGCAACAGCAGGGCGGCGGCAGUCCUCUUUGUGCUCUGUUUCCUUCGCCCUUGUCCGGUGAUCCGUACCUGGUUGAUGUCUCCCAGACCAAACUUCGAAUGUGUAUAGAUGCAUGCCUAGAACCAAAAAUGAUGGAACACUUCAAAAUAGUAAGGCCCUAACACAACAACUCUUGGAUCCAUGAACUCACAUCUUCUUCUCUGAGUGUCCCCUGCUGACUUGAGGAGGAAGCCAAAACAGAGGAUGGCGGCGAGGAACAUUCUGGAAAAACGGGACCGCCGCCCUGCUGCGGCUGCAACUCUUGGAUCAUUGAUCCAAUGUCUUCUCCACUAAUCAGCCAAUCAUCUUCCCAAGGAGUAUUCAGCGUCUCCUUCUCAAUUCGCGAAUAGCAGCAGGGUUCACAAAUCACAUGGCCACCGCCCCCGGCCAGAACAGACGACGGGGAAGGAUAUUGCGGAGGACACCCGCCCUGCAGUUGCCUCUGCUGCACCCCUCGGAUCACUUCUUCAAUGACUUCGUCAGCCAACGGUCCGCCGCUGUUCCAAGCAGUAUUCUCUCCCGGAUCACCGGACAAGGGCGAAGGAAACAGAGCACAAAGAGGACUGCCGUCGCCCUGCUCAUGCUGCUGCGAGUCGAAAAUCCCAGUUGGGUCGCCAUACACAUACGGAUUUCCGGCCGGAGAGAAGACGACGGCGGCAACUUUAACUCCCGGGAAUAGGCGGCACAGAUCGGAUGCCUUCUUGAAGAGCCCCGUUCUCCUCUUGGAGAAACACACAUUCCGAGCUGCCCGUGACUCGAUCAGUUUCAUCUCGAUCUUUGACUUCCCUUUGCCCAUUUUUCUCUCUGAUUUUCUCUCCGUUUUCUGGUUUUCUAUCUGUAUGAUCAUAAUGAGAAUAGUUCAACGGAGUAUUUAAACACUCAGCUCCUAAUUGCACCGCCUAUGAUUGCCA